AGUUGCAAACGGAUCGACCCAGCCAAUCUCCAACAUGUCCUCCUCCAUGAGAGUUGCUCUCCUAGCCAUGCUACCCAUCCUCCUCGUGGAUACCCAAUCCAUGGCUGCGCCAAUUCAGUGCCUUCCAGACCAGGCCGCGGCGCUGCUCCAGCUGAAGCGCUCCUUCGAUGCCACCGUCGGCGGCUACUUCGCCGCCUUCCGGUCAUGGGUCGCCGGCGCAGACUGCUGCCACUGGGACGGCGUCCGCUGUGGCGGCGACGAUGGCCGUGCGAUCACCUUCCUCGACUUGCGUGGCCAUCAACUGCAAGCUGAGGUUCUUGACACCGCAUUGUUCAGCCUGACCUCGCUGGAGUACCUUGACAUCUCCUCCAACGAUUUCAGUGCAUCCAUGCUCCCAGCCACCGGCUUCGAGCUGCUCGCCGAGCUCACCCACCUUGACCUCUCCGACGACAAUUUCGCCGGCCGGGUACCCGCCGGUAUCGGCCACCUCACGAAUCUGAUCUACCUUGAUCUUUCUACUAGCUUCCUUGAUGAAGAGCUGGAUGAAGAGAACAGUGUAUUGUACUACACCUCAUACUCACUCUCGCAGCUCUCAGAGCCAAGCUUGGACACCUUGCUGGCAAACCUCACCAACCUGCAGGAGCUUCGUCUGGGCAUGGUGGACAUGUCCAGCAAUGGAGCACGGUGGUGCGACGCCAUUGCCCGGUUUUCCCCAAAGCUUCAGAUCAUUAGCAUGCCUUAUUGCUCACUUUCUGGUCCGAUUUGUCGGUCCUUCUCUGCCUUGAAAUCACUUGUUGUGAUAGAGCUGCACUACAAUUAUUUGUCCGGUCCGAUUCCCGAAUUCUUGGCCGAUCUGUCCAACCUUAGUGUUCUUCAGCUUUCAAACAACAACUUCGAAGGAUGGUUCCCUCCAAUCAUCUUCCAGCACAAGAAAUUAAGAGGUAUUGACCUCAGUAAGAAUUUUGGGAUCUCUGGAAAUCUGCCUAAUUUCUCUGCAGAUAGUAACAUACAGAGUAUAUCUGUGAGCAACACCAACUUCUCCGGCACAAUUCCAAGUUCUAUCAGCAAUCUCAAAUCUCUGAAGGAGUUGGCACUUGGAGCUAGUGGUUUCUCUGGAGAACUGCCUUCUUCCAUUGGUAAGCUGAAAUCUUUAGAUUUACUAGAAGUGUCUGGGUUGGAGCUAGUAGGAUCCAUGCCGUCCUGGAUCUCAAACCUGACUUCUCUUACUGUUCUCAACUUCUUCCAUUGUGGCUUGUCCGGACGCUUACCAGCUUCCAUAGUGUACUUAACAAAAUUGACAAAACUGGCAUUGUACAAUUGCCACUUUUCAGGAGAGGUAGCUAAUCUGGUCUUAAAUUUGACUCAAUUAGAAACCCUCCUGCUCCAUUCAAACAAUUUUGUCGGCACCGCGGAGCUAGCUUCACUCGCAAAACUGCAAAAUCUGUCUGUCCUUAAUCUCUCAAACAAUAAAUUAGUUGUGAUCGAUGGAGAAAAUAGUUCUUCGGAAGCGACCUACCCCAGUAUUAGUUUCUUACGUCUAUCAUCUUGCAGCAUAUCUAGCUUCCCUAACAUCUUGAGGCAUCUCCCUGAGAUUACUAGUCUUGACCUUUCAUAUAACCAGAUCAGAGGUGCAAUACCUCAAUGGGUAUGGAAGACCUCAGGCUAUUUUUCCUUGUUGAACCUAUCACAUAAUAAGUUUACGAGUACUGGAUCUGACCCUUUACUUCCACUUAACAUUGAAUUCUUCGACCUCAGUUUCAACAAAAUUGAAGGGGUAAUACCUAUACCCCAAAAAGGAAGUAUCACGCUUGAUUACUCCAAUAACCAGUUCUCAUCUAUGCCUCUCAAUUUCUCUACUUACCUGAAAAAAACUAUUAUUUUCAAAGCCUCCAAAAAUAACCUCUCUGGAAACAUUCCACCAUCGAUCUGUGACGGGAUUAAGAGUUUACAACUCAUUGAUCUCUCUAACAACUAUUUGACUGGCAUAAUACCAUCAUGUCUGAUGGAGGAUGCAAGUGCACUACAGGUACUAAGUCUAAAAGAAAAUAAUCUUACUGGCAAGUUACCUGAUAAUAUCAAGGAAGGCUGUGAAUUAAGUGCAUUAGAUUUCAGCGGCAAUUUGAUUCAAGGAAAGUUGCCGAGAUCUUUGGUUGCUUGCAGGAAUCUGGAGAUCCUUGACAUUGGAAACAAUCAAAUAAGUGACUCUUUCCCAUGUUGGAUGAGUAAACUUCCUCAACUUCAAGUCCUGGUCCUCAAAUCUAACAGGUUCAUUGGGCAGAUGGAUAUUUCUUAUACUGGAGAUGCUAACAACUGUCAAUUUACAAAGUUGCGGAUUGCAGACAUAGCCUCAAACAACUUCAGUGGCAUGUUGCCAGAAGAGUGGUUUAAGAUGCUGAAGUCCAUGAUGACUAGUUCUGAUAACGGAACUUCGGUAAUGGAAAGUCGGUAUUACCAUGGACAGACCUACCAGUUUACUGCUGCACUAACAUACAAAGGCAAUGACAUAACAAUUUCCAAGAUCUUAACAUCACUCGUGCUGAUUGAUGUCUCAAAUAAUGAUUUCCACGGUAGCAUCCCUUCAAGCAUUGGGGAACUUGCGUUGCUUCACGGGCUCAACAUGUCUCGCAACAUGCUUACAGGGCCAAUUCCAACUCAGUUUGGCAACUUGAACAACCUUGAGUCUUUGGACCUCUCCUCAAAUAAGCUUUCCAAUGAGAUCCCAGAGAAGCUAGCAUCACUGAACUUUCUUGCAACAUUGAAUCUGUCCUAUAAUAUGUUGGCUGGAAGAAUACCACAAUCGUCACACUUCUCGACAUUUUCCAAUGCCUCUUUUGAGGGAAAUAUUGGGCUGUGCGGAGCCCCAUUGUCUAAACAAUGUAGCUAUCGAUCUGAACCAAACAUCAUGCCACAUGCUUCCAAGAAGGACCCCAUAGAUGUUCUACUUUUUCUCUUCACUGGGUUGGGAUUUGGUGUCUGCUUUGGAAUUACAAUUCUAGUGAUAUGGGGAAGCAACAAAAGGAAGCAGCAAGCUUGAGAGGGAACCAUAUUAUAGAAUGGCAGAAUAUUUUGUUAGUCACUCUUGAUCACUCUAGCAACAUUCAGAAAGACUAGUAUUAAUAGUGAUGUAUGAAUUAAAUAAAGGAUAACUAUGUUUAUAAACCUUUGAUUCUACAUUAUUCAUUUCAGUUUAAAAAAUAAGGAGCUAAUGUUUGUUCAAAAAACUAUGCUGAUAACAGAUAGUGGCAUGAAUGUUAAGUGAUCUAUUCCCUGUGAGCCGCAUGUUUAGUUGUUUAUUGUAAGAAAAAUUGGUUUCGUGAUAUCCAAGGAUGCUAACUUCAGAAAUAUACCAUCCAACUUCUCAAGUACCCUUUAGUACCAUCUAAAGUUUCCCACAUAUAGAUAAUGACUAUUUCUGUCAAGUAGAGGGCCCCUAUGAAGCACCUGAUGCCAACAAGGAGAAAAGAUUUGCAUGUCGGGACUCCAUAGCAACAGAACAACUUGCACAAAGACAUGAACAAGAAUAUUACAGCUGGGGGUAAAACUGAAAGAACCGCUGCAUUAACUGAAGCAAUUACUGGGGGUGGCGAAUUGUUGGGCGUUCGCUGCAUCCUUAGUUGCUGUCACCUGGUGACUAGGACAUGCACUGAGAUGUCCACCAAUCUUGACAGGAUACGGAUCACAACAAAGGUGACGAAACGUGAAAGCGAGCAACGUGAGGAGAUUGGAAUGGUAGAUAUACGAAAGCGUUUAGAACUUUCAGAUGGUACUAAAGUGUACUAGAGAUUUCUAGUGGAAUGUUUCUAAACAUGGGAUCUUCGGAUGUCACUUAACCAAUUGUACCUUUUUUGUUCGAAAUGCUCAAAUUCUACCGUGAAGUUCUGCUGGAAGCUUGUACAAUGAAAUUUAUGAUGAUUGGUUCAUAAUAGGUACAAUUAUUUAAAUAUCUGCUCCAGCUUCUGUAGCGGCGCUGCUACAAUAGCUGGAGCAGAUAUGUUCAUUAGAUUCGGCAGAAUACCCCUCACACGUUGUAGGCUUGGAGCACAUCCAAACAAUUCAUUUGUGGUUAGGACUGGAACAGUACGAUUCUGUGUGUGCUCAAAAUAUUUGGUGGAGAAGUCUCAGUCCCUUGCUUUUCCAAACAGGUUAUUCUCACUUCAUAACAUGCAAAAUGCGUCAAUCUGGAACGCGAACCACAUCACGAUGCAAUCGAUGUAUUGACAUUCUGAGGCAAGAAACCAACUAUGCGUUCAUCUACGAGGUUACCUACGAAGGAUUACUGUAGCUCUUUGGCUUUGUCAUUUCGCCAAACAGUUGGCGGGCUUUGUCAUUUCGUCAAACAGUUGGCGGGCGAGAAUAGAUCAGCGGCGCAGGCUGCAUUACAUGCACUUGUACGAUCGCAGGUUUGGUAUUGGCAAACUUCUACUUAAUGGAUUAAUUACAAAGAUUUCUAGUUGCAUACAAGGAAGGUGGAAAAAAAUGCGAGACAGAAAGCAAAGAAGAGAAGGAAUACGAAUAGGAUGAUGAACUGAUGAUUACCUGGAUGGAUAAAAAAUCGUCGGCGGAACACAUGAGUCCAUUUGCGGAUUAGCAGGUGGGGAAAGGUGGACAGGUUCCGGCUGACGAGGGCGCGAAGUCCCCCGGCUUCUCAUCUCCCGCCGAUAAUCCGUCGCCGUCGCUGCUGCCGCCGCCGCGGCGUGUCCGCGAGGGGCCGAGGGCAUGUUAAGAGCAUCAGCUUCCUAAAAUUUUAUUCCCAGAUUUUU